AUGGGAAUCGGAACGGAUGACAAGCAUGACAUUCAAGCACAAGCGGAGGUCGUGAUUGAAGAGAAGCCGAAGAAGCGCAAAUGGCAGAGUUACAUCUGGGACAGCCUUGACAAUAGCCCAGAAGAGCGAAAGUUCCUCUUUAAGCUAGACUCAGCUGUCCUGACCUUUGCAUCCCUUGGCUAUCUGAUCAAGUACCUCGACCAGGCGAACAUCAACCAUGCAUUCGUCAGCGGCAUGAAGGAAGACCUCGGUCUAUACGGCGAUCAGCUCAACUACAUGCAAACUUGCUGGACCGUUGGCUAUGUCAUCGGUCAGAUCCCGAGCAAUCUCGUACUGACACGGGUGCGACCAUCGCUAUGGAUUCCGACUCUCGAGCUGAUCUGGACUAUCUGCACCUUGUCAUUGUCUCGCUGCAACACAGCGGAGCAAAUCUAUGCUGUUCGUUUCCUGGUCGGACUGGCUGAAUCUGGCUUUUACCCUGGCAUGCAGUACGUUAUUGGAUCAUGGUACAAGAAGGACGAAUUGACCAAACGGUCCUGCAUAUUCCACACUUCUAGUGGCAUAGCCCAGAUGUUCUCGGGCUACCUCAUGGCUGCUGUGUACCAUCUCGAGGGUGUUGGUGGGUUUCGUGGCUGGCAAUGGUUGUUUAUUGUUGAUGGUAUCAUAUCUCUCCCGAUCGCUUUGGCCGGGUACUUUAUGCUCCCUGAUCACCCGGAGAACACCAGAGCUCUGUACUUGACACCAGAGGAGCGAGCUUUCGGCAGAAAACGGAUGGAAGCUGUUGGCCGCAAGGAAAGUGAGCCUUACACGAAAGCCAAGAUCUGGAAGAUCCUCACCUCAUGGCGUAUCUGGGUGUUGACGAUGCUAUACAUCUGCUUCAACAAUGGCAACAACGCUUCGGUGCCGGCAUAUCCACAGUUCCUGAAGCAGUCCAUGGAUCCAAAGUACGAAGUCUGGCAGAUCAAUGUGUACCCAACUACCACCUCUGCCGUACAAGUUGUUACCACGUUGAUAUAUGCAUGGACCUCCGACUCAAUAGCCGAAGGACGGCGAUGGCCGUUCUUCAUCUUUGGUGGCCUGGUGAAUAUCUUGUGCUAUGUCAGCUUAGCCAUCUGGGAUAUACCCAUUGGCUGGAAGUGGGUCUGCUUCGUCAUGGCAGGGGGUGGCUACGGCCUUUCCGGUCUGUGCUUCGCCUGGGCCCACGAAAUCUGCUCAGACGAUAACGAAGAGCGUGCCCUCGUGACCGGAUCUAUGAACGAAAUGGCAUACGUCUUCCAAGCUUGGCUGCCGCUCGUGGUUUGGAAGCAAGUCGAGGCGCCAGAGUACCGCAAAGGGUACAUUACUGUUACUUUCUUGGCUGCUCUCAUGAUUGCUACGGCGAUGCUUACGAGAUAUUUGCAUAAGAGGCAGGAUAGGGAGAAAGCUCUUGCGAUGGAAACGACGGUGUUGGGGUUGGAUAGUAGUGGGUCGGUGGAGGUGUCGACUGUUCAGCCAACUGAGCUGAAAGUGUAG